GCGCGGAGCGGCGCGGAGCGGGGCGGGCGCGGAAGAUGGCGGCGGGCAGGCGCGCCCCGCGCAGCGGGCUGCUGGAGCUGCGCGGCCCCGGCGGGCAGUGGCUCCGCGUCCUGCUCAGCCUGGCCGAGGACGUGCUGGGGGUGAGCCCGGCCGACGGCCCCGGCCCCGGCCCCGGGGACGUCCCCGCUGCGCAGCUGAACGGCGGCGAGCCGGGCUCCGCCGUGCCCGAGGCGCUCGCCAACAUCAGGCGCACGGUCCGCGUCGUCAAGCAGGACGUGGGGGGACUCGGGAUCAGCAUCAAAGGUGGCCGAGAGAAUAAAAUGCCCAUCUUGAUCUCCAAGAUCUUCAAGGGGCUGGCAGCAGAUCAGACCGAGGCGCUGUACGUGGGGGAUGCCAUCCUCUCCGUCAACGGGACCGACCUGGCCGAGGCGACGCACGACGAGGCUGUGCAGGCCUUGAAGAAGACGGGCAAAGAGGUGGUCUUGGAAGUGAAGUACAUGAAGGAGAUCUCCCCCUACUUCAAGAACUCCUCCACGGGGGCAACGGUCAGCUGGGACCCCUCUCCUGCCGCCCCGCAGAAGCGAUCGUCCCCCCUCCUGCCCCCCGGGGAGCUGCGGGAGAGCAGGACCGUGCCUCUCAAGAUGUGCUACGUGUCCCGCAAGUGCCUCCCCACCGACCCGGAGCACAGGUACCUGGAGGUGUGCUCGGCCGACGGGCGCGUUGCCCUGUUCCUGCGGGCCAAGGACGAGGCCACGGCGCAGUCGUGGCUGGGCGCCAUCCAGGCCAACGCGGGCGCGCUGCUGCCGCGGGUGAAGGAGGAGCUGCGGGCCCAGCUGGCGGGCGCUGGCUCCGUCACCGGGCGGGAUGUCAAGCACGUGGGCUGGCUGACCGAGCAGCUCCCCAGUGCUGGCACCAGGAACCUCUUGGCCGUCCUGACGGAGAAGGAGCUGCUGCUGUACGGGAACCUGCCGCAGAGCCGCGACGCCCUGGGCAAGCCCACGCACAGCUACCCCCUCAUCGCCACCAGGCUGGUGCACUCGGGGCCGGCGAAGGGCUCGGCGCUGUACCCCGCGGAGCUGUCGUUCGCGCUGCGCAGCGGCACCCGGCUGGGCGUGCAGACCCACCUCUUCAGCCUGGAGAGCCCCCGCGACCUGGCGCUGUGGACCCGCCUGCUGGUGGACGGAACCCACGGGGCGGCCGAGCUGGCCCAGGAGGUCUCGGCAGCCUGCACGUGGAAGGGGCAGGAUUGCACCCUGUCCAUCCACAUCGACAAGGGCUUCACCAUCUCCACCACCGAGCCGGGGCUCAGCAGGACCGUCCUGCUCCAGCAGCCCUUCGAGAAGCUGCAGAUGUCCUCUGAUGACGGCACCAAGAUGCUCUACCUGGACUUCGGUGGCCCGGAGGGAGAGAUUCAAUUGGAUCUUCACUCCUGCCCCAAAACCAUCGUCUUCAUCAUCCACUCCUUCCUCUCGGCCAAGGUGACCCGGCUGGGGCUGCUGGCGUGAAGGUGGAGCAGAGGGGGGGACAGAGCACCCCCAGCCCCCGGCCCACCUGUUCACCUCAAACCCCGCUCGAAGCCAGCUCGAGGAGACCAGAGCCCCUGCCGGGCCAAGGAAAAAAGCACCGUCCAGCUGGGAAAAAACAACUCCCGGGGCGUUUGGGGUGAAAUCCCUCAAGAUGGCAGCACCGGGACUUCUCCGGUGUCUUCUUCCCUUCCUUCCUCCCACUCCAGCAGCUGGAGAAGCCGGGUCGGAGCCCGCCUCGUGUGGCCACGCGGUCACCACCCCAGUGCCUUGUCAGAUGCUAUUUUCUGUAAGAAGAACCCGUUUGUAUGGAUAUUUUAUAUUUAUAUUGCCCGGUUAAAAAUGCUGACCCGGCAGCUCUCGCCCACCUGGCUCGGACCCCCUGGAGGUCUCCCCAGGUCCUUGCAGCACAAGGGUGUGUGCACAGGGAUGUGUGUCUGUCCCCCAGGGGGACAACCUGAGGGCUGGAGACCAGAGCCAGCUCCGGAGCUCUUGAGGGAUGGGAGCUGCAGAUCAGCUCUGUUUGCCAAAUUUUCUCCUCUGGUACUGAACGAUUGGAACCACUUUUCUUCGCGGGAGUUGGACGGUUCAUUUUGUUUUGCUGACUCCUCCUGGGUCACUUUAUUUCUUGCUUGAGGGGGGGAGGGUUGGCAGGUGGCUGCUGGGAAACACCUUGUUUUAUGAACCAAAAGAUUCUGCAUGAAAAUGCC